AUGAAGAAAGCUAUUAUAGCGACUUUAGACCACUACUGUUCCACGGAUGAGAAUCCUCGGCAUGAAAAUUGUCCUGAAGGCGCCGAGAGUUGGUGCGAGUGGCGCAAGGCUGAAGCGGCAAAUAAUCUUUCAUCUUAUAAACAUCCGGCGAGAUUAAUCGAUGAAACCGUGGAAAAGCACAUUCGUCCAAUUUAUAAAGAGCUCUCUAAUGACGAUUUAAUGACGCGGUGCUUAGGCGGCCACACUCAAAAUUCUAACGAAUCGUACAAUUCGAUUGUGUGGCGCCUAAGUCCGAAACACUUGAAUUCGGGCUAUAAAAUCGUCGAAAUUGCAGCAUACAUGGCUGCAGGAAUGUUUAACGAGAGCUACUCUGCUGUACUUUCCACCAUGCAGCACCUCAAUAUUAUUGUCGGACAGCAGUGCAAAAAUUUUGCUGACGCCGCCGAUGCUGAGCGUGUAAUACGAGAGAACCGGCGCACAUCACUUUCAAGCAAGGAGGCUCGUACAGCCCGAAAAUUGGAUACACUUAGCCAAAACGAGUUUUUUGAAGAAGAGGAAGGAUCAAUGUAUGGCCCAGGGAUAGCUGAUUAA